AGCUUGUCAGGGUUUUUGAGUUUGAUGCACCAUAACUGAAAGCUCAAAUUUCAAUGAAUUCUCUUUUAUUACGCGUUUUAAAUCAAUCACAUCCAUAUCGGCAGUCAUUAUUACAGUAUUAGAGAGAUCUUUUUAAAUGCGGUGGUACAAACGUUAAAGUACAUUGUGCGGCUUUGUUUUCGAUCCGGACCUACGGCAUCUGCAGCACGAGGUGGGAUGGUUUUCCUGGCUGUCAGGCGAGCAAAAGCCUUGCAAAUUACCCUGGCUAUUAUUAAACCUGAUGCAGUGGCACACCCUUUGAUCUCUGAAGCUAUCCAUCAAAAAAUCCUUGACCAGCAGUUUGUUGUAGUGAGGUCUAAAGAAUUAAUAUGGAGGAAAGAAGAUUCGGAACGCUUCUAUGCAGAGCAUAAAGGACGGUUCUUCUACCAGAGACUUGUUGAAUUCAUGUCAAGUGGACCAAUGAGAGCAUACAUCUUGGCACGAGAAAAUGCAGUUAGUCACUGGAGAGAACUGAUGGGACCUACGAAAACGUAUAGAGCCCGAUAUUUAUCCCCAGAGUCCAUACGUGGAAAGUAUGGUUUGACAGACACUAGAAACACGACCCAUGGUUCAGACUCGCUAGAUUCUGCAGAAAGAGAGAUCACCUUCUUCUUCCCAGAGUUUAACAAGAAGUGUUGGUAUGAAAUGGAUGAACCUCUCAUCAGAGCCGGAUAUUACAGCUAUAGUAAAGAACAACAGAUACACAUGCCAUGCACGACACGUUCUUGACGAGACUACAGUACUUAAUGUCAGUAAAUGUUAUUGAAGACUGUCAAGUGCAUUCAUACUGAGAAAGGAAAUGGGCAGAAAAAAAUCAUUUUAUUUAUUAGACCUUUUCAUUAAAAAUGAAGCCAUUUUCACAAAAGCAUAGAAUUCUUUUUGCAUUGUUGAAGAAUUUAUUGUUUUGUGGUAAAAUGAAUAAUAAUAAUGUAAUAUAUAAAUAAUGGAGAAUAAAAUGUUUAUAAACCAGUUAUGAAUAUGCAAGUAGGACAAAUUAAAGUUUUACUUCAUGAAAGAAGUUUGAUUUUACACCCAGGUGCAGGUAAACCACUCUCACCAAAUGUAACAAGGUUUAAAUUGUCAUAUUUUUGUACAGUUUAGUUUAUUGUGAUCACAUUUUUAUGACGGUGGUUUUCAAGUUCAGUCCUGGUGUUUCCACUUGGCUGCAAGUUUUUAUUUCUACCGAUUUAACAUUCACAUCAUUUGUACUUCUUAUUGAUCUCAUUGUGUACUUAGGUGGCAAACAAAUAUUUGUGAGAAACUUCUCUAUAUCGCA